AUGUCAUCCUCCGCCGUCCCCAAGUACGCCCUCAUCACCGGCUGCAGCGCCGGCGGCAUCGGUCACGCGCUCGCCAUCGAGCUCAUCUCGAGAGCAGGAUAUCACGUCAUUGCCACUGCACGGCGGCUCGAGUCCAUGGAGCAGCUCGCGAGCCUUGGCGCCACCACGAUGAGUCUCGACGUCGUCGACGUCGACAACAUCCGCAAGGUCCGCGAUGCUGUUGCUGCCAUGACCGGCGGCAAGCUGCACAUCCUCGUGAACAACGCGUGCCGUCCCGUGUGCUCCACGCCCCCUUCUCACUGGCCGAUGCUGCAAGGCCCGCUCGUGCCCGUGAUCGACAUGUCCAUAUCCGAGGUGCGGGACUGCAUGGACGUCAACUUCAUCGGGCCCGUCUGCAUGGUGCAGGAGUUCGUGCACCUGCUCAUCGCGUCUGGCGACGGGCGCAUCCUCCAGAUCGGCAGCGUGGGGGGCAUCAUGCCGCUCCCGUUCUGCGCGAUAUACAACGCGAGCAAGGCCGCGCUCGCCGCCUUCGGCAACACCAUCCGCCUCGAGCUCGCGCCCUUCAACGUAAAAGUGACGACCGUCAUCGCGGGCGGCGUCAAAACGAAUAUCGUCAAGCCGCACAUGCACUACCUCCCCGACAAGUCGAUGUACAAGCCCUAUGAGCCGCUGUACACGGAGAAGCGCACUCACCGCGCCUCUGCAGACGGCGUGAUGGAGCCCGCACAGUUCGCGCGGCGCGUGAUCAGCGAGAUCGUCAAGCCGCAUCCGCGCGCGUGGCUCUGGGCGGGCUCGUACACCUGGAUGUGCUGGCUGGUCGACAAGCUGGUCGGAAUGCCCGGCUUCGUGAGUGUCGUUUCUCACUCCCCUGCGUCCUGCGUCAGGGAAGAGGCGGUAUGCCCAUGCUGA